UCUCUAGUUUUCUUUAAUUAAUCUGUAAUCAUUGAUAUUUUGUCUUAUCGGUUUUCAUUUUUAUAAUUUUUAUAAAUUUUGUAUUCAUAAUAACAUAAACAAAUAAAAAUUACAUCAAAAUCACACAUUAACUAGUUAAAUUAAAGUUUUUAUAUACAUGCCAGAACAAAAGGCAGUAAUAAUAUUAUAAAACGACCAUGGACGAUAUAGAAAAGCUUAGUUGUAAAGAAGAGAUAUUAGAAGUUAGUGAUAUGGAACAUUCAGCCAACGACGAACACAAGGAUGCCGAUGAUAAACCUAAAAAAAAGAAGAGAAGACGCCGUGAGGUAGAUAUGAUAAAAUUAUCUGACGAUGAUGAUACUGAUGACGAGGGGUUGGCCAAAAAGCUGAUACGACGAUUGAGUCCCGGACCAAACUCCCCGGCAUCACAUAGAGAGCCUCGUACAUGUGUACUGAAGGCCAGUCAAAAACGUCGCCCCCUGUCCCGUCUCCUGGAGCAACUACUGCGUAACCUGGAGAAACGUGAUCCGCACCAGUUCUUCGCGUGGCCUGUGAAUGACAACUUUGCCCCUGGAUACUCCACCAUCAUCAAGAGGCCAAUGGACUUCUCCAGUAUAAAGCAGAAGAUAGAUGAUAAUGAAUAUAAAUCCCUCAAUUGUUUUAUUAGUGACUUCAAACUUAUGUGCAACAAUGCCAUGAAGUACAACAAACCUGGCACAGUAUACCACAAGGCGGCGAAGAGACUCCUCCACGCUGGCCUGAAGCAGCUCACGCCGCAGAAACUGCGCCCGUUGGGAGAUAUACUGACCUAUAUGUACGAGAUACCUAUACGAGAACUUGGAUUUGAUAUCGGAAAAAUGGAUGUGCCUCUUAGGACGUACGGGCGAAAGCACAAGGUGUUAAAACGCAGCAGCCCGAUGAAGAGUGGUGGCUCAGAGGCGGAGGUGGCGUCGGACGGUCAGGACCGCCAAGAUUCCGGGGACAGCGUGAAGAUACAGAUGGAGGCCGCCAGGGAGCAGCACCGGCGUAGACUGGCGAAGAAAGCAUUCCCACGUAUGGACGCGGAGGGCAAAACGACGCUGUGCCUCGUCACACACACGGUGGAGGGCACCGGGGAAGACAAGCCACUCACCCUCGGGCGUUACAUAGGCAAGCUCACGCAGGGCACCGGCUCGUUGCACACCCCCCGCGAAGACCGCAGGAACCUGGCGAAAGGCGUGAAGCCGCUCAACUACGGCCCAUUCAGCUCGUACGCGCCCUCUUACGACGGCACCUUCGCCACGCUCACCAAGGAGGAGUCUCAUCUCAUAUAUCACACAUUACCAUCAGAGACUGGACAAGGCAACGAGGAGCUGCUGCGGUUCGCACCGGACUCGCCCUGGAACCUGUUCUACGACAUGGAGGCCCUGUUCCCCGACAAGAAGCAACAGUCGGAGCCUGCGUCGCCCAAGGACGACAAUGACAUAUCGAAGAUCAAAGUGGACAUAGAUGAGCUCCGGUCGCUGUCCGAGUUGGGUAUCGACGUGGACUUCCUCAACGACGUCGAAGAGGACAUCAUUGCCUCGCAGCACGACUACGGCAUCGCGAGCGCGCUCAAGCACACGUACGAGCUGCUCGUCAAGCUCGAGAAGGAGCAGAGAGACAGGCUGUCGGCGCCGCCGCCGUGGCACCUGCAGCUGGCGGCGCGAGCAGGCGGCGCCGAGCGUGAGGCGGCGCGGCUGGCGGCAGCGUGCCUGCGCGGCAUGGCGGCGCGCGUGCCGCCCGCCAGCCUCGCGCCGCUGCCCGCGCUGCGCCGCGCGCUCGGCGUCACGCUCGACCACCUCGACACCCCGAUGGCGGUUGACGACUUCGAGCUGGAGAUGCAUGAACAGCGCGACACAGUCUCCGACCUGGACUCGAGGUCCAGCCAUGACAAAUAAGAACAUACAAGGAACCGAAGAAGAGAUAUUGUUUACAAUAUUUGUAAAAAUAAUAGCAAUUAAUAUAAAUUAAAAUCCUUUAAGUAUUA